AUGAAUAUGAUGACAAUGUAUAUAAAUUAAUAAAAUGACUUUGACCUUAUAGAAAGUAGAAGAUCAGAAAAAAGAGGACUAGUUGAAUGUUGCAUAGCGAAGAAUUUUGAAGAAUAGCAGUAAUGUUUCUUAGACAGUCAGUCAUCAGAGACUACCAAAGAACUAACUAUCAAAGUCAGCUUCGCAGACGAGGAAUUCUCUGAGACGAUCUCUUUAACGAAGAAAUAUAAUGAGAAGUAGUCACUAGUCAAAAGGGAUCAUAUAUAUAAAACUACAGGUUCAAAGUAUAGUGGAGAAUGGAAAGGAGGAUUCAGACAUGGAAGAGGUCUCAUGCAAUGGCAAGAUGGGGCAUUUUAUGAUGGCAAUUGGAUUUUAGGAAGAGCUAACGGAAAAGGGGUGUUUACUCAUUCAAAGGGUGAGAUCUAUGAUGGUCACUGGUAUCAUGAUAAAGCUCAUGGUAUUGGAACUUAUAUUCAUUCUAAUGGUGCAAAAUAUGAAGGAGAAUGGUAUAAAGACCUCCAGCAUGGUAAUGGAUCUGAGUAAUGGCCAGAUGGAUCUAUCUUUGAAGGAAAUUACUUAGAUGGCAAGAAAAACGGCGUGGGAAAAUACAAUUGGGCUGAUGGAGCGUAGUACUAGGGCUAAUGGGUUGAUAAUGAGAUUGCUGGAUAUGGAUUUUAUCAAUGGUCAGAUGGCAGAAAGUAUAUUGGCCACUGGAAAGCUAAUAUAAUGGAUGAUUUUGGAAUUUAUACUUGGCAAGAUGGAAGAAUGUAUGAAGGCUAUUACAAAGAAGACAAGAAGCAUGGCUUUGGUAUAUACAUUUGGUCAGAUUCGAAGCAAUACUCAGGCUGGUGGUUCAACGGUAAGUAGCAUGGACUUGGAAUCUUUAUGUCCAAGGAUGGCAAGUCUAAAUAUGGCCUUUGGGAAGACGGCAAGAAGCUCAGAUGGUUUAAAAAUGAUGAAGUCGCUCUCAUUGAUCAGGGUAAAGCCUCAAUCACAGAUUUGUUUGAGAAUCCUGAAGCAAGUAUGGAGAAGAUUUCAACCUUCCCUCUGCAGUUUACAGAGCCAAGUGAUUAUGUUGGAGCCAGAGAAAAACUGAAAAAGAUUGUUAAGAGUUUGGACUUGCCAGUAGACAUCGACGAAAUGAGAAACAACAAAAAUCUAGAUUAAUAAGCUAGAAAUAUUCAGACAUGA